UGCUAAGCAGCCCACGGAGCUCACGGCUACGAGCUAAGAAAGACAACAGCAGCUAGCAGCUAGCCAACGUUACACGGGUACGUCUUCAAACAAAGGACAGGUGUGAGACAGAUAUGAGGGCGGCUGAGAAGUGAAGUGCUCCGAGGACAGCUUCCACCAGCAGACCCCCCGCUGCGGUCCAGCAGCGAUCAGUGACCCGUCCUAGCGGGACCCCGAGUAUGUGCACCUAAGUCUUCUCUUUCCGAUCACCGAAGCCAUGGCCUCUCCUCACGAUCUACACUUCCAAGAGUUUGAGCAAGCAGCAGAGCUGCUGUCUGCCGACCCGGGGGCCUCCACCCUCAGCGUGCCCGCCUCAAACACCGUCAGCACAGCAGGAGACGGAGGACAGGACGUAAGACUGGAGCUCUCCGAGGACGAGGAGGACCGGGAGGAGAGCUCGGAGCUGUUAGCAGGACAGAAAGCAGCCGGGGGCUUCUGGACCUUUGAGUACUAUCAGUCCUUCUUCAAUGUGGACACGGUGCAGGUACUGGACCGACUUAAGGGGUCAGUGAUGCCGUUACCUGGAAGAAACUUCAUCAAAAACCACCUGAGGAGCAACCCAGACCUGUACGGACCAUUCUGGAUCUGUGUCACGCUGGUGUUCUCAGUGGUGAUCAGCGGGAACUUGUCCACCUUCCUCAGUGAGAUGGGAAACCCGUCCUAUCACUUCAGACCACAGUUCCACCGAGUGACCGUAGCGGCGGUGGUGAUCUUCAUGUACGCCUGGCUGGUGCCGGUGGCUCUGUGGGGGUUCCUGAGCUGGCGGCAGGGGGCUGAGAGGCAGAUCGGGGGCUAUUCCUUCCUGGAGACGGUGUGUGUCUACGGCUACUCCCUCUUCAUCUACAUCCCCACCUCGGUUCUGUGGAUCAUUCCGUUUGAGUGGUUGCGGUGGACGCUGAUCCUGGUUGCCAUGGGGAUCUCUGGCUCCGUCCUGGUCCUCACCUUCUGGCCCGUAGUCCGCGGUGACACCAAGUGGAUGUCCGUGGCUACGCUGGCGGCCAUCGUGGCUCUGCACGCGCUGCUGGCUGUGGGCUGUAAGAUGUACUUCUUCCAGACAGCCGUCCAUGUACCAACACCAACCCCUUCACCCCCCCCGCUCCACAUGGCAGCGGCCACCACACCACGACACUGAUCCAUAGGGGAAAGAGGGGAAGGGUCUCUGCUGUGUUUGGACGCGUAGGAAGAAGAAAAGGGUUCCGGCAAUGUUGAUUAUUGCUGCGUGUGUGUGUGUGUGUGUACUUGUUUGUCUAAUUUAUCCUGAGGUGCAAUAACUCUUCAUCCUGACUGUGGUGUGUUGCAAGCUCAAAAUGAUUCAUCGCUAUCUGGGAAAGAAGCAAAUACAAUCAUUAAACCUCGCUGCGACCGUC